CGCAACCCGGAGUCCGGAUCCGACCCCGCUCUGCACAUUCCACAGGCAGGUGUUAGCAAUGGCUGAAGAUGGCAAUGAGGAGAUCAUGUUUAUCUGGUGUGAAGACUGUAGCCAGUACCAUGACUCAGAGUGUCCUGAACUGGGUCCUGUGGUCAUGGUCAAGGACUCCUUUGUACUGAGCAGGGCAAGGUCCUCCCUCCCCUCUAACCUGGAGAUCAGACGCCUGGAUGAUGGGGCUGAAGGUGUGUUUGCAGUAACCCAGCUAGUCAAGCGCACACAGUUUGGUCCAUUUGAGUCCAGGAGGGUCGCGAAGUGGGAGAAAGAGUCUGCGUUUCCACUGAAGGUAAAAGUUGCAUGGAUCAGAGACAGCUUACCUGAACUGAAGAACUCGGCUGAUGCCGUGCUUGGCGCAGAACCAGGAGGAAAAUUCCAAUUUCUGGAUAUCUACCUGAGCCAUGGGGAGGACUCAGCUACAGGCACCCCUGAGCCCAGUGUCCCCGCAGAACCUGAGCGUGGCCAGUGGGUGUGUAAGGUGUGUUCCAGCACCUUCCUGGAGCUUCAGCUCCUGAAUGAGCAUCUCCUGGGCCACCUGGAGCAAACCAAAAGCCUUCCUGCAGGAGGCCAGCAGCAUGAGGCAGCUUCUGAGAAGGAGCCUGAUGCACCCAGAAGGGAGCCUCCCACCGCAGCUGAGAGCAAGAGCAUCCAGAGUGUCGUGGCCACCAAAGAGCCAAAGAAAAAGCCUCGAAGAGGGAGGAAACCAAAAGCAUCCAAGGUUGAGCAGCCUCUGGUGAUUAUCAAAGACAAGGAGCCUACAGAGCACGUGGCAGAGAUCAUUACUGAAAUACCCCCAGAUGAGCCUGUGAGUGCAACGCCAGACGAACGGAUAAUGGAGUUAGUCUUGGGGAAGCUGGCCACCUCCACAAAUGAAGUCAGCUCGGUGCCAAAGUUCACACAUCAUCCAAGCAGUGCCAUUGCCCUCAAGAGGGGCUUGGUUCUGUCCAGCAGACACGGCGUCAGGCGGAAGCUCGUACGGCAGCUGGGUGAGCAUAAACGAAUCCAUCAGUGUGGCACCUGCAGCAAGGUCUUCCAGAACAGCAGCAACCUGAGCCGGCACGUGCGCUCGCACGGUGACAAGCUGUUUAAAUGUGAGGAAUGUUCGAAGCUGUUCAGCCGUAAGGAAAGUCUAAAGCAACAUGUCUCCUACAAGCACAGCCGGAAUGAGGUGGAUGGUGAGUACCGCUAUCGCUGUGGCAGCUGUGGGAAGACCUUCCGCAUGGAGAGUGCCUUGGAAUUCCACAACUGUAGGACAGAUGACAAGACGUUCCAAUGUGAGAUGUGUUUCAGAUUCUUCUCCACCAACAGCAACCUCUCCAAGCACAAGAAGAAACACGGGGACAAGAAGUUUGCCUGUGAGGUCUGCAGUAAGAUGUUCUACCGCAAGGAUGUCAUGCUGGACCACCAGAGGCGACACCUAGAUGGUGUGCGGCGUGUGAAGAGAGAAGACCUGGAAGCCAGCGGGGAAAGCCUGGUUCGUUAUAAAAAAGAGCCUUCUGGAUGCCCAGUGUGUGGCAAGGUGUUUUCUUGCCGGAGCAACAUGAACAAACACCUGCUGACCCAUGGUGACAAGAAGUACACCUGUGAGAUCUGCGGGCGCAAGUUCUUCCGAGUGGACGUACUCAGGGACCACAUCCACGUCCACUUCAAGGACAUCGCACUGAUGGACGACCACCAGCGGGAGGAGUUCAUUGGCAAGAUUGGGAUCUCCUCAGAGGAGAACGAGGAGAACUCUGAUGAGAGCGCAGACUCCGAGCCGCACAAGUACAGCUGCAAGAGGUGCCAGCUCACCUUCGGCCGUGGGAAGGAAUACCUGAAGCACAUCAUGGAGGUCCACAAGGAGAAAGGCCAUGGCUGCAGCAUCUGCCACCGACGCUUUGCACUCAAGGCCACCUACCAUGCCCACAUGGUCAUCCACCGAGAGAAUCUGCCUGACCCCAACGUGCAGAAGUACAUUCAUCCCUGUGAGAUAUGUGGGCGGAUCUUCAACAGCAUUGGGAAUUUGGAGCGCCACAAACUCAUCCACACAGGUGUGAAAAGCCAUGCUUGUGAGCAGUGUGGAAAGUCCUUUGCCAGGAAAGAUAUGCUGAAGGAGCACAUGCGUGUGCAUGACAACAUCCGAGAGUACCUGUGUGCAGAGUGUGGGAAAGGAAUGAAGACGAAGCAUGCACUGCGCCACCACAUGAAGCUGCAUAAGGGUAUCAAGGAGUAUGAGUGCAAAGAGUGCCAUCGCAAGUUCGCCCAGAAGGUCAACAUGCUGAAGCACUACAAGCGGCACACAGGAAUUAAAGACUUCAUGUGCGAGUUGUGUGGGAAGACAUUCAGUGAGAGGAACACCAUGGAGACCCACAAGCUCAUCCACACAGUGGGCAAGCAGUGGACUUGUUCCGUGUGUGACAAGAAGUACGUCACAGAGUACAUGCUGCAGAAACAUGUCCAGCUCACCCACGACAAGGUGGAAGCACAGAGCUGUCAGCUGUGUGGCACCAAGGUGUCUACCCGGGCCUCCAUGAGCAGACAUAUGCGGCGCAAGCACCCUGAGGUCCUCGCUGUGCGGAUUGACGAUCUGGACCACCUCCCUGAGACCACCACCAUCGAUGCCUCCUCCAUUGGCAUUGUCCAGCCUGCACUGGGCCUGGAGCAGGAGGAGCUGGCAGAAGGGAAACAUGGGAAGGCUGCCAAGCGCAGCCACAAGAGAAAGCAGAAACCAGAUGAGGAGGCCGGGGCUCCAGUGCCCGAGGACACCACCUUUAGCGAAUACCCCGAAAAGGAGCCAGAGUUCACAGGCAGUGUGGGUGAUGAGACAAAUUCUGCUGUGCAGAGUAUCCAACAGGUGGUGGUGACCCUAGGGGACCCCAAUGUGACUACUCCAUCGAGCUCUGUUGGCCUGACCAACAUCACCGUGACCCCCAUCACCACUACAGCUGGGACUCAGUUUACCAGUCUACAGCCAGUGGCUGUCGGACACCUUACCAACCCUGAACGCCAGCUACAGCUGGACAACUCCAUCCUGACUGUGACCUUUGACACAGUCAGUGGCUCUGCCAUGUUGCACAACCGCCAAAAUGAUGUCCAGAUCCACCCACAACCAGAAGCCUCAAACCCUCAGUCAGUGGCUCACUUCAUCAACCUUACCACACUGGUGAACUCCAUCACACCCCUGGGGAACCAACUUAGUGAGCAGCAUCCACUCACAUGGCGGGCCGUGCCCCAGACGGACGUGUUACAGCCACCACAGGCUCCUGCAGCCCCGCCACAGGCAGUGCAACCCCAGGUACAAAAUGAACAGCAACAGAUGUACAGCUACUGAUCAUGCAGCUGCAGAGCUGGCUGAGCUUCAGGGAGGGCUCUGCAGCCUAGAGGUUUAUUUGCUGGGUACCAAACAGGAAGAGUAUGCACAUGACAGGAUCACUGAGGUUGGACUAGCAUUGCAAAGUUACCACCUCAGCUGGUGACAUGGCCUUUGACCGGCAGGAGCUUAAAGCACUCCGGAGUUACACCAUGUGCUUCCCCUAGGUGGUGCUGUCUGGCCGACCACAGUGUCACCCUCAGAGGUCUGCAGUUGUCAUGGGGCUCAGGGACACAGAUAGCAGGGUCCUAGAAGUAGGUGUGAUAUCCUGAGGACCAGGGAGAUUUGAUCUGUUUUCUUUAGCACUCCAGUGAUGAUACAGAAACAUGGGUAGCCUUCUCAGGCAGCACACAGAAGUAAACCCAGGUUUCUCUUUGCUCCUGAAUUCACAAGCAGGGACAAAGAAGUCAAGUAGCUCUUCCUCUGAAGUCUCAAUUUGUUUGUCACAGGGCUGUGACCUGGGGCCUUGUAUGAGAAGUUUCAUGACCUUCAUGGGAGGCCCCUAGGUCAGGCACAAAGAACAUCUUGGGAACAGUCUGUUCAUUUUAUUUCAUAACCACUUUAUGUAUUCUGGCCCUCUUGUGGCCAAUAUUGAUUUAUUUUAAUAUGAUAAAGUCGUUUGCACUGUAGGGUGUUGGUCCCUGUCUUGUGCACAGGUGCCUUGUGUGAGGGCACACACAGUUGUGUGCAAAGUGAACCCUCAUGCUCAGACCCUAAUGCUCCUCAGAGCCAUCUCAGGACUCUGCCAUCCAAACAUACGUAUUACAUUGCAGCUUAGCCACACCCCUGAAUGGAGGAUGGGGAGUGAACUCACGUUUUCUUUCUGUGUAAGCCUUAAUUCCAAAGGUGUUUGUGUCUGACGACCAAUUUCCUAUGAAAUGGAGGAGUUCAGCUCUACGGGAGAGAAGUGUAGCUAGUGAUUUAAGAAACCCAGUGAAGGUAAGCUGGCCACUCCCAGCUCUGGGGAGACAUGGCAGCACCUGUACCAUCCCGAGCGAUAGGUCAGAUUGUCAUCAUGGUGUCCACAGUCCCAGCACAGGGACGCAGAGACGAGGUGAGAGGAGAGGAGUCUGGUCUUGCUCUUCUUACCAGUUUUUAAUAUCAUACAAAAGAAGAGGUUGAAGACAAACUUGCCUUACUUUGUCCUUGGUCCCGUGUUUCCUAGUUAUAGCCAGAUGUGGGCAGCUACCCUGCAGAGACCCUGGCAGCUAACCAGCAGGGCAAAGGAAGCUGCAGUCAGCCUGGUGUCAGACGAGAUGCUACUUUCUCAGCAUCUCCUUCCAGAGAGCAAGCUUUGAGGAUAGGGCUAGAGCUUGUGUUACACAGUUGGAGCCUAAGGAAGAGAUGGCACUCAGACGGGUCCUUCUGGUCUGUGGAUUACUUGGCCCACACCCUCUCCAUCCACACAGGCCAGUCUCACCUCUCAGUUGUUGGUGUGGUGGGAGAUUCUUGGACUGCUUAAUUUAUGACAGCUAUUUUUAUGUUAUUUAUGUGUGUAAUUAACUGCUUUGUAUACAGUACCCUUAUCAGAUGAACUUGGGCGAGGGGUAAACUGUUUUCUAAAAUAUUGCCUUCAUUUUCCAAAUAAAUAUAACUAGUGUAGGAAGCUAUGGAAGCAGUGGGCAGUCCACAGUUCCUCUUUGCCUUUACAGCCUUUCAAAGAUGAACAAGCUGAGCCCAAACACCAUUGAGCUUAGUCAGACACUUACUAACAUUUGGCUUUUAUUCUCUUCCCUAUGAAAUAAACACUUUUGAAAUCACAUUUUUAUUUUAUAGAGAUGUGUUUUUGUGCCUCCAGUCAGGCUGUCAAAUCCUAUUGAAAGAAAGAGCUUAGGUUGUGUAGUCUCCCCUGCUGCCACUGUUUAAACGCACGGAGGCGUCUGCUUCUGCUGUUGUAAGCAGGAGCUCAGAUAAAACCAGCCUUCUGACACAUAGUCUUACCAGAGUCACUGACUGGGGCAAGCAGGUUGUCUUAGCAUGGUUACAGCUACUCUGCAGACUGAACUGUAAAACAAAGGCAUCUCCCUCCACACUCCAGCUGCCCCACAUACAUCAUAAACAUUGUUAGUUGGUGAGAACUCUUUUUUUUUUUAAAACUGGUCUAAGGUGGGCAGGUGCAUAGUUAUGUGUUCAACAAGCCCUGUGACUGUCUGGGUUCACAUAAAUAAAUGUAUAAUGGGAAUUUGCUUAAACCUUGUGAAUGAUAAUGUUGUAGGGUCACAUGUCGUGACAGGAUAAAACUCACAGUUGGAGCACAGGGCUCCACCCUCUAGGAUGGUGUUAGCAAGCGAUACGGUCUCAGGAGAAGGGUCUGUACCGUGAAAGCCCUCUGCAGAAUGCCCUCGUGGAAGGCAGACCUUUGGUCCUUCACACCGUUCUCAUUCAGUACAGAGUCAGAGGCAGCACCUGGGGCUCACAGAGGUUUUGAGGCCGUGAAGACCAUUCUGCAACUCGACGGGUGUUUCAUGUCACAUCUGUUUGUAUGAUGGUGAAUAAAGGUGCUGUGACCUGUGUUUUUCAA